AGCCCGACAAUGGCCACAAAUGGCGUUUCGCGGUGCAAAUUCGGGCUCUUUUGUAAGCCUUCUACUUUUUUAUAGCUCCCACGCAUGAAAAUGAAGCGUUUGUAAGAAGAAGCCGCUGCUUUCUCACCGAAGUGGAGAAACCGGAGAGAGAGUCCAUUGAGCUCGGAGUCCAAUCCGGAUGGCGAGUGGCGAUCACCGCGCUGCAAACACAACAUCCAACAUCUGUGUUGUGCAUCGUUCCCUGAUGGAUUAAAAAAGGCGGCGGUGGAUGGAGCGAGCCAUUUUUCCAAGCUGCUGCCUUGAAAACACAAUCAUCCUCCUCACCUUCGGGGUUUUGAAAUACGCACAGUGGCCGUUCCCUUGCUCGCGGAGGCCUGUUUUGCAGCUGCUUUGGUGCUUCUGAUGAUUUUGAACGACAGGUACACAAUUGGGCACAAAAUCUUGUCAAAUGAAGAAGCCCUGCUGAUGUGAUGUUUGCAUCCAGAAGUCACACUGGAUGACGGUGGUCCGCUUGUGAACCAAUUGCAUCCUCUCAGCACUUUCAACAUUUUCUCAGGGUUGAAUUUGAGAAGAUGAGCAACGAAGGGGAGCUCCUGACACGGGAGCUGUCGAAGAUGUCGGAUGAGGACCUGCUGGCUUGCUCCAAGGAGGAGCUGCUGAGUCGCCUGCGCAAGGAGGAGUCGGAAAAGAUGUCGGCGCUCAUCCAACGGGGUCGUCUCAUCAAGGAGGUGAACAAGCAGCUCCAGGGCCACCUGCUGGAGAUCCGCGAGCUCAAAGUCAUCAACCAGCGUCUGCAGGAGGAGAACGUGGAGCUGCGGGACCUGUGCUGCUUCCUGGACGACGACCGGCUCAAGGUGAAGAAGCUGGCGCGCGAGUGGCAGCACUUCGGCCACCACGCCGCAAAGGUCAUGCGCGAGGACCUGGGUGGCUACUUGAAGAAGCUGGCCGAGCUGGAGCGCACCCAGGAUGGCCUGGUCAAGGAGAAUCUAGACCUGAAGGAGCUGUGCCUGGUCCUAGAGGAGGAGUGCGUCAGUCGGAGUGACUCCAGCCCAGGCGGGUCCACCGAGCUGGCCCUGCCGUGCAUGGUGGCCCGGGACCUGGGGGACGGCAGCUCGAGUACAGGAAGCGUGGGAAGUCCGGACCAGCUCCAUUUGGUGUGCUCGCCGGAUGACUGACGCGUCGACAAGGGCGUUGAAUAUGGACGCCGAGGGCUAGUCGACACAAGGGCUGUGGUCGGAAUCGUUUUCUAAUCGCCAAGAUUUGCAUGUAAUGCACAGACAGUUCCUUUGAAGUUGGCCAGAAAUCCUUUUGUAGUUACAAGGGAGUACAAGUGGAAUUAUUCAUCAUGCCUGAUUCCAUGAUCACAAAAUUGGAAUUUUUAUAGAGUGGACCUCGAUGGUUCCCAAAAAGUGUAUUAAAAAUCAAUUUUAAGUGAUAAGGGAGUCGGGAAUGCCGAAUGAUUCCUAACACAGCAACUGUUCCCUAAACACGAAAUGAGGAAUUUUAUAUCGUAACUACACGGUGCAAAAAGAGUCAAGUCAAAAGGACUAGCAGCUAGUUCACAAAGACUUGAGUCAAAAUCCCAAAACGGUGAUCCGGGUGUCGGGACAUUGUGAAUGAUUCUGAAAUGAUUCAUUUGUCUCGACUCAUCACAACACAAAAGAAAGAAAUAUUCCAGUCAAAAUCUUUUUACAGUGAUUUGGGAGUAAAUAAUCAUUUCCUAUUUCCUACUGCCUAAUCACAAAAUUGGAUUUUUUUCCCCUUAAUAGACCACGUACUUCACAAUAGAGUUGAGUCAAAAUCCCUGAAUAGCUAUGAGAGAGAAGAGACUAAAUCACUUAGCGACUCCCUAAUCUCUGAAUAGUCCUCCCUUCAGGAUUUAGUGAGUUUAAAAUGCCUGAUUUGGUGGCAGCAUUUUUACAAUUGCAAUAGGUGUUGCCAUUUGUGAACAGAUUUGUCUUGUGGUGAAUUAUUUACAUUAACCGUAAUUGUUACAAGGCCAAUCUGUUUUGCACAAUCUAGAGCUGAAAUUCUUUUGGGGGAGAUUCUAAUGUUGUAGUGGUACAUGCAUGUAUCUUCUGAAUGAAAGAUACAUCCAAAAGGUUUUUCGACGUACUUUUUCCGUUUGCAUGACGGACUGCUCUGAUUGGUGGACUGGCGGAAAGCUCUGAUGACGAACUUGCGCGGGGAUUGUUUGAAUUUGUGUGAAUUCCUGCAAUUACGACAUGGCAAAUUAAAUUCCUGGACUGACUGAUGAUAUACAGUGGACACCGGCAUAUUUGCGGUUUGGCAUUCGCAAAUUCACUGACUGGUGGAUUUAUUAUUUAUUUUUUUGGGGGGGCGGGGGCUAAUUCUGGUCAAGCACAAUCCCAAUCACCCUCCAAAUAAUGGAGGUUCACUUUAAGGAUUUUUAAAGAGUUAACUGUAUAAUAUAUUUCUCAGUUAAACGAAAAAAAUUUUGAAUAGGCUACUCAGCCGUGCCAUUAUUGACGUCAUUGCUGUCACACAUUUACAACGUACCAGAUCAACUUCAGCUGGCAAAUGCGGUGACACACCCGCUAAAGGUGGGAAUCCGUGAUAUAGAGAGACCAUAUAAGGGAAAACAAUAUCGUUUUACCUUAUGUGCCUUAACAAUUCAUGAAAACACACUUACAGGUAUACUAUACUUUAUUCAUCACAUCACUUUGAGGAAACGAAAAGGCCUAGUUGAAGUUGACUGUAAAGCUGACGCAUAGCAAAAAAGAACAUCAAAACUUUCAGUCAAAGCACGUAAACACCAAAGUUUGUUAGCUUCAUGCUUACAUAUAAUAGGAAACACCAUAGGCGGGCUAAAAGAUUUUUUUUUUAUGUGGAAAGCGCUGAUUGGAGAUUAAUCGCAAUGGUUUUUUUUUCCAUUGGAAAAAGAAUAAAUUGUCCCACGUGAAUAGCAGGGGUCCACUGUCCUUCAAAAUGGCGACGUGACUAUUUGGUGGCGAGGGAGCGAUUCCGAGCGCAGCCAAGUUGUUCCAUUCAACUCCGUGAGCCUUUUUGAAUGCUGCAAGACUCGCUGUGUGCCACAUCGCUGACCUUUUCAGGACUUUUCACAGACCUUUCUAGAUACUGUAGGUUUUGAUCCGUUUUACAGGUUUUCUAAUGACUCUUCUGCCCAAAUCCUUUUUCAGUGGUUUGUUGUUAAAAAAAAAAAAAAAAAAGUAAUGGGACCAAAAAGUGGGUCGCAUUGAUGUAUCUCAUGCACUGAACGAGGGUUGCAAAGAGGUGGGAAAUUUACGGUCAAUUCCUAGAAGCUAUGAUGGGGAAUUUUCCACAGAAAUUUAUGGGAAUUGAUUGAAAUCCCCCACUCCACCUCCCCAACAAAAACGUUUGUUUCUAUUUUUUUCCAUCCUUUCAGAGAAGUCGCGUUGUUUUCACCCAAAAUACUGUUUUCUACCCGAAAUUCACCAAAAUCAAAACCAAGAAAGAGUUUUGAUGGCAAAAUAAUUGAUUUACAGCUAUACAACGAAGAAAUUCACCGCAUGGUUCGAGUUGAACUUUAGUGGCUUUUUUUACAUGGGCAUUCGUCAUUCACUCCGUGAACUGUGUCAUCUUUUCUCACAAUCGCAACACACACUUACUGCUAGCUACUCCAACACAUACUUUGUUUAUACCCAGACAUAUCCGCACUCUGUUGGCAUGUGAGAUUGAACCUGUCCGACUUUCAACAUGUCGACAUUUCUCUGCCUCAUAACAGACGUUUUUCACCUCCUGAUCGUAUCUUCUACGCAAAAGCUGUGCUGAUCUCAAAUAUAAAGUAAUGCAACACCAGCAA